AUGGAAGAAAUGGUUUGGUGGAGUUAUCAAGAGAAUAUUGAUGAAAUGAAUCAGAAGCUUAUGUACGCAAUUCUUGAACUUGAGAAAUUGAAAGUAGAUGCAAGCGAGGAAUCGAGGAAGAACAAGGAAUACGUGAUGCAAUUAAUCCAACUCCUAAACAUUACCAUUCAAGAAAGAGAUGAAGCUCGAAACCAACUUCAGAAAUUACUAGAGAAGUUUAUGCUAACUUCAUCAAACGAAAGUUUGAAUAUUCUUCCACAAAUUCAUGUCGAUAAUCCUCUUCUAAAAGCCCGCAAAACAAAUUCUAGCAUAAAUGAGUCCACUCAGUCCAACAUUUCUUCUCCAGUUGAUGUGCUGUUUGAUGCAGUAUCAUCUCCUGAAUUCUCAAACUUCAACAUGCUUUCAACCAAUCAGGUCACUUCCGGUGUUCCAAAGAUCUUCAACAUGCUUUCAACCAAUCAGGUCCCUUCCGGUGUCCCAAAGAUCGAUUGUGCUUCUUUGAUUAUUGACAACCUUGUCAAGGGAAGAGUCCUGCCUCAGACAGGAAAAUUACUUCGGGCUGUUGUUGAAGCCGGGCCACUUCUUCAAACACUUCUGGUGGCUGGCCCGUUACCUAGGUGGCAAAAUCCUCCCCGGCUUCAGCCUUUUCAGAUUCCUCCAGCUCCUAUAAAAGGCUAUGAUCAAGAGAAUUUUGCCCAGAUGUCCUGUGGAUCUUCACAAAUUUCAUCAGCACCUAUGUUAAAUUUCGCAAAUGUACCUCAGGGAUCUAGUUUACGCAAUGGUUUAAUGAUGUCUACCUCAACAGAUGCUUACAGUUGUAUACCUUUAGCCAACAGUCACAGUUUCUACCGGAAAUUCGAAGGGUAUCCUCCUUCCAAUCUUUCUAUGCACGAGCCCGGUGGAGGUGUAACUUCAUACAUUGAUAGUGAUUUGAGCUUAGAUUCUUGA